AUGUCGCCUGCUGAGCCACCUGGUCAUCAUGAUGCUCCGUUGGUUUUUCAUCGAAUGGAUCGACCGGACGACGGAAUUCCACCACCACCCCCAGGAUUGAUGGAAAGGGAUGGAGCGACGAAGACAUCAUUACUCACAGUUCUUCUCGUUGUUGUUCCUCUUACUGUAGGAGCAGCUACUGUUAUGGUACGUACAUUUAACAAUUUAUUAUUCUGA